GAUGUUGAGAGGUCUCCGCGCUAGCGCUGGUUUAAACGGGAAGCCGGCUCCUUCGCGUCGCCGUAACGUAGGCCGGGGCUUAAAUACUCCUGUGGCGGAGGGCGAACUGCGGGUUGCCGGUUGUUAAGAGCCACUUCCCUGCGGCCCAUGGCCGAAGGGGAAGCCGCCCCGGUAGCGGGGCCCGCCGCGGCGUCUAGCCAAGGGAACGAGAAAAGGGGAGAAGCGGGCGACGCCGGCGUUGAUUGGGUGGAGAAGUUGCGCGAAGAGUGUGAGCCCGAACAGCACUGGCAGUACCGGCGGGAGUUCUUGAUUCGCAAUGCGGAGAGCCUGUCCUUGGCCGAAAGCCGAAAGGACGACACCGACAACACGGAGCUGCGACGGCUCGUCUCCUUCUCCAUGGUGUGGGCCAAUCACGUCUUCCUGGGGUGUCGAUAUUCUCCACAAGUGAUGGAAAAAGUGAUGGACAUGGCUGUAGGCAUUACAGUGACCAAUGCUCCAACCCACACUCUGAGAGAUGAACUGGUUGCCAAGGUGAAACGAGGCAUAUCCAGUAGCAAUGAAGGUCCUUGCAAGAAGCGGGCUGCUGGUGCUGACAAACCUUUUGAAGUUAGUAAUGAAAAAUCUACAAAGGCAGAGCUGUCUGUGGAAACAGAUGCGGAACCUCUGAAGAACCCAGGAAAAGAUGUACCCAAAACCCCAGAGAAGCCUCAGUCUUUGCCCACAACAGCUUCAGCCUUGACCCAGAAGGCAGAGCCCACAACAGCUUCAGCCUUAUCUCAAAAGGCAGAGUCUGCUUCAGCUUCCAUACUGACUCCGAAAGUAGAGCCUGCAGCAGCUUCCGCUAUGACCCAGAAGGUAGUUCCUCCAGCAUCUUUAACUGGAGCUAGAAUAGAAAGCACAGCUGCUAAUUAUGAAUCUACAGCCACUAAUAAGCACAAAUCUGAAAAUGUCAUACCAGCUGAAAAGAAAGCUGGCUUGGAAAGUACUGCAGUGUUAGCUUCAAAAAGUAGUUCAUACCCAAGUGUAGCUCCUACUAAAGUGCCAUGCAAAUUAUUGACAAAUGAAGAUGCAAAAGAAAGGCAACCAUUUUUCAAUAGACUAUACAAAGCUGUUGCUUGGAAGCUAGUUGCUGUUGGAGGAUUUAGUCCUAGUGUCAACCAUGCAGAACUCUUAAAUUCAUCCAUUCAGUCUGUAAAGGAAACAUUAGAUGUUGAAUUUGUUCCACUGAAAGAGCUUGCAGAUUUACCUCAAAAUAAAAGCUCUCAGGAAAGUGUGGUUUGUGAACUGAGAUGCAAAUCUGUAUACUUGGGUACUGGCUGUGGGAAAAGUAAGGAAAAUGCCAAAGCAGUUGCUUCAAGGGAAGCACUGAAACUAUUUCUCAAGAAGAAAGUUAUUGUGAAAUUAUGUAAAAGGAAGUACAAAGGAAGAGAAAUUGAAGAUUUGGUGCUUCUUGAUGAAGAAUCGAAACCAUUAAAUUUACCUCCUGCUCUACGAAAUCCUCAAGAAAUACUGCAUAACAGUGAAGCUGUCACUGCCUAUACUAGCAAAUGAUGUUUUAUCACAAUUAACUGAGUUAUCUUUGUACAGUAAAUGAGAUUCCCAGAUAUUUUGUAUUUCUCAGUUUUGCAGAACAAAUACUAUUGCUGUUCUUUUCACUCAGUAGUAAAUGUAAAUAAUUCUUUAUAGAUGUAAAGUGUGCAGAGGUAUGCCUUAAAAUUUAGCACACUAGUGUGCUGUUUUAUUUGCUCAAUAGUCUACUGAACUCUUAUAUUUUUUAACUAAAUAAUUAAGGUACAGUUUGCUGGUCAAUGCAGUCUCAUUUUGUAACUCCUACGAUUUGGUAGCAGUAAUGCUCAUUUUUGAACCCUGCUCCUUUAUAAGCCAUUAAUAAAUAUGUAGACAACAACCAUUGUACCUAGAUGGCAAAAGUUAUCUAAAAAAUGGAAACAUUUAAUCACCUGCUUCAUGUGUUGCUCAUAGUAUUCACAUGCCUGUUUAAAAAGCAAACUAUUGAUUUGGAUUUAUUUUAAUUUGAAUUAAAAUUUAAAGAAGUAGAUGCUGGUCCUUUUUUAAUAUCAUACUUGCAAAUUGUCAGUAAAAAUCUCCAAAUUACUUACUUUACUAAAACUUCUCUAAACAGAUUUGAUAUCCAAAUUUGUAAAAAAAAAAUCUCUCAUUCACUUUUUCAAAUAAAUACAGUUUUCUAUACUAAGCAUAUUUUUAUGUCUAAUAAUUUUGGGGAAAAUUGUACAUUUUAUGUAACGUACUGUUUUGACUGAGCAUUUUUAAUGAUUGCAAGCUUUUUUUUAUAACUUUGAUAAUUUGCUUUUAAAAACUUAAAUCUUGUGUAUAAAUUAACAACUUCUGCAACAAAUAUGAGGUGUUAGUUUUAUUAAAACAUCUGCACUGCAUUCUGAUGUUAUGUCAGUGUGUAUUUUCAGAUAUGCUAUCUAGCUUUUAACAGAUAAAACUUGAUGCACUAUUUUACUGCAUAAGAGUGAAAACUCUGCAGUGAUGUUUUUUCUCAUGGUUUCACAUGUCUGGCAUUAGCGCUUUUUUCUAAAACAGAAUUCUAUAGUGUGUUCUCUCUGCAAUGAUGGCUUAUUCUCAAUUCAUAGUAGGUGCCUGGAGUCAUUACAUUUCAGGCACAUCUUCAUAAGUUGAAAUCAAAUACCCCUUCAUUGUGCAACAGCCAUUGAGAAAUAGAGCAAUCUUAUUGACCGAGGCUGUGAUUUAGUAAUUCCCAAGCACUUAACAGAGCUUCUUAUUUUGUCCCCUGGUCUAGUUAGUAGCUGUUGAUAUAAUUUGACAUGUUUUAAAAGUAGUAGUAAGAAAAUUGGUUUUAGGAAUGUAUUUUUGCAAUGGUUGGGGAUCCUCUGUAUGACCGAUGCCUCAGUUCUUUUAAUUCAGUUUAAAGUUUAAUACUUUAAAUAUUAAAAUUAUGAAUUGAAUCCUG